ACGUUGAUGAAUGUAUAUUUUUAAUUUAGUCGUAUUAUGUUUCGAAUGAUGCAUAGAAAUUGAAUUGACCCAGUAAAAUAAUAAAAUAAAAUCGAGCCGAGAUUCAUCCAAAAUUGUAUUAUGUAGAGAAAAUUAAACAAAUAAAACGUUAUCGGGAAGAUUCCUCUGAUACAUAUUGAGGGAGGUCCGAUAAUGUCUGACUACGAUCUUCAGUUUCAAGCGGAUUUGGAGAAGGCCCAGGCUUUGAGUUUAGAAAGUCUUGCUUUGGAUCAAUUCCGUAGACAGAAGCUACUGUCUAGUGCAGAUAAUGUCCGCGAGGUGGCUAGUGUUAGUGGUCGACGGCGUGAGGAGACCGACGGCCCGCCGCCUGCGCUGCCGCCGCCGCCGCGCAAGUCUCCACGAGGACGGACCUCCAUCUCUGACGGUCCCAGAUCUACUGGAACAAGUCCAACGAGAGACGAGACAAGCGACUUGAUAUCAUUUUCGAGUCCUACUAGCAAACAUGCGCCUAAAGAACCGCAUGUCAAGCUAAAGGAAUACAUCGAUCAGAUCACUAAGUUAAGUCAACAGACUGAGGAACUAGCAUUAAACACAACAGAGCAGGGCGGCACAAUGAACAAUCAACAUUAUAACCAGCGGCCGGGGUACUACGCGCCUCAGUACGCGUACAACUACCAGCCGCCUUACGCCCCCAUACCGCCUUACCCAACGACACCGUACGGGAUGCCAACGCCAAUGCCAACACCAAUGCCUACCCCAAUACCUGGAGCCAUGCCCGCACCAAUCCCAACUCCCUAUCCAUACUACGCGCCACCGCCAAUGGCCAACCCAUCAGACAUGCCGCCAACAUACGUCCACGUGAACCCAAUGUAUUCAGUACCGUACACCCAAACGCGAAUGGCAUCCCCGUCCCCUUACGCGUACCCAGUGCCAUCUGCGUAUAACUAUAGCACAACAAAUAUGAUCUCGCGACCUCCGAGGCCGGCGACCGCAAUAUAUCCGCAGUUGAAUCAGACGCAUUCGUACCCGCCUGUCCCGCGGAAUCCCGCCAGCAAUCCAGUUAAUAAUCCCGCGAAUAACAAUGCAAGUGUGAACAAUAACAAUAAUAGUGUAAACCAAAGCCAGCCGCCCGCUAGGACGGAGCCUCCGAAGGAGAAAGUUGAAAACAAUAGUUCCAGGAAGGCAUCGGAAGCUAGUAUUGCGUCAAACGAAACGAGUGAUACACUAGGAAGCCUACCGCACUCAAUGAACCUGAUCGACUUCGGCCGCAACACUGCGCAAGGUAGCGUAAGAGUCAGUGUGCUUGAAGCGUUUGAUCCACUACUAACUGAAAAAAAUAUAACCGGUCAAAAUAACAAUUUCCAAAAAACAGAACAUGCGGCGGUUUCGAGCGAGUGUUCAGGCAGCGUGUAUGAAGAGUACGACCCAUUGGACUUUCUGUACGGAGAGACAGAGAUGCGAGAUGCAGUUUACGCGACGAUUAAUAAGAAGGAUCCUAUGUUGCCUUCGCCGCCUCCCAAGUCGAUACCGAGCGUGCCUGCCGUUGCUAUGAGAUCUACUACUAAUAAACUCUACGACUGUAUAGUGAAAUCAAGAACAAAGAACUACGAUAACGAACACAAAUCCUUCCUCAAAAUGGUUCUCGAUGUUAGAAAAAGAUUCGUAUAUUCGGACGAGAAAACGAACCCGGGGUAUGUGAUAGCAGCCCGGUCGGGCGGCAAGUACCCACCGAACACAAGUAUCAAGAUUCUAGUCCACCACGCUCAUUCCGACGAACCCAUCACUUUUACUUCAGAUGUGGAAUCGACAGUGGAACAUGUGAUAUUAACUGUAGUGUGUUCUCUAGACGAGGACAUUAGAGAAGAUAUGUCUGAAUAUAUGUUGCGGGUAAGAGGAGCCAAAGAAUAUUUAACACCGGGCAGUUCGUUAAGCGAAUACGACUACAUACGAGAGUGCGUGCGUCUAGAGAAGGACGUAUCGCUAUGUUUAGCCGAAGGCCGUGACAAUGUACUAGCGAGGACUGAGAGGGACGAUGCGAGGGAUUCCCAUCUAACACUCGACGAUCUACUGCCUUGCCAUGGAACCACUGCGCAACUGUCUUUCGAUAAUCUUUCUAUUUUAUUAGAAACGCUAGAAGGCGAGUUAUCCCGCGCAGUAGGCGUAACAGGCGCGGAAGGCUGUUGUUCCCCGAAGGCAGUGUUCCAAGCUGUGAAGGCGAUAUGUGCGCUGGCCGGCGGGGUGGAGACGUUACACGUCACUCACACGCUCAAUGCGUUCGCGCAGGCUUGUACGUCGCCGAGCAACAAGAACGGCGUGACCCCCGAGAUAGAGGCGGACAAGGGUCCGUACUGCGCGGUGUCGCUGCGCGGGGCGACGCGGCGCGAGGUGGUGGCGGCGCAGUGCGCGCGCGUGCGGGACGCCGUGCGGGCGCUGCUGGCGCUCUACGGACGGACCCGACUGCUGGACUUCCAUCUCACCGACACGCAGUACCUCACGCCUAAUAAUACUAAUAAAGCGGUCCCAGCGCACACGAUAUCAGAAGCAACGUUAUUCUGUAUAGAGGCAGUUCACUGCUUACCGUUGUGUUGGAACCACGAAGACUAUCUGUUCCAAGCGCAAAUAUUCUACGGAACCCGGCCUUUGAAGUCAUUACAUGUCACCUCGCCGUCAAGGAUAGAAUGUGGUGGAUUCUAUCCUAGAAUCAUUUUUGAUACUUGGCUAAACCUAGAAGACGUGCCAGUGAACACGUUGCCGCGCGAGUCUCGGCUAGUAAUGACUUUGUACGGGCGGUCGCAGCGCGCGGUGGACGGACACGACACUCAGGCGCAGGACUCCGAGGAAAUCAACAUGAAUGUACAGUACGAUCUCGUCGAACUAGGCUGGGCUGCUAUACAGAUGUUCGAUUUUGAUGGUAUGCUAGCGUCAGGUAACUACGUGUUACCUUUAUGGCCGACGUACUGCGACCGACGCAUCGGUCCCGCGCCGCAUCCCAUGCACUCGCCCACCGGCACCUUCCCUGUUGUUAAUAUUGAAAUCCCACUAUACGCUCACAACGGCGUCAAAUGGACGAACGGCGAGGAGGGUAGGCAGAAGAAGCUCACACAAGAGGAUCUGCCCAAGUUCGACAGCUUGGACGGGCACACGCAGUCACAGCUACUCGCGCUCAUUGAACAGGGAGCUUACCAGAGGAUGCCUAGGGAAUGUAGAGAGAUAAUGUGGGAAAAACGACAAUACCUAGUACAGUUGGCUGGAGCGUUACCUCUGGUGUUGAUGGCAGCUACGAACUGGUACGGCGAGCAUAGAGAGCAUCUCAUCGCACUGCUGAAUCUAUGGGAGAAACCGUCGCCGUUAAACGCCAUGCAUUUGCUGUUGCCCUGUUUCCCCGACCACGCGGUCCGUGAGACGGCGACGCGCCUUAUAAACGAGAUGUCGGACGACGAUCUAUGUCGCGUGAUGCCGCAACUGGUGCAGGCGUUACGUCACGAGACAUACGAGGCCAGUCCUGUUGCAGAAUUGUUGUUAUCUCGGGCACUUUCCGCGCCUGCGGUAGCGCAUCGAUUGUUCUGGCUGCUAGUCCAUUCCUUACCAAAUGUACCUCAAGCCCCCAACCAGGAGUUCCUAGGCAUCAGCCUGGAGGAAGGAGCCCAGGAGUCGUGCGAGAGCGACGCGGGCACGGCGGCCACGUGGCGGUACCGGCUACUACUGCGGGCGCUGCUGGCCACCGCCGGCCACAGCCUGCAUCACACGCUGCUAAGGCAGCAACUGCUCGUUAAGACGUUAUCAGAAGUAGCGCAAGGCGUGAAGGACGCGAAGGAGGCGGGUCGCGCGCGCGCCCUGUCGUCGGGCAGCGAGCGGCUGGCCGGCCUGCUGCGCGCGCAGCCCGCCGCGCUGCCGCUCGCGCUGCACAAGCUCGUGCACGACGUCGACGUCAAGUCUUGUAUGUACUUCGCUUCGAAUACUCUGCCUCUCAAGAUCAACUUCAUCGGCAACGAUAAUGCAGUAAUACCGGCUAUGUUCAAGGUUGGAGACGAUUUACGGCAAGACGCUUUAGUAUUACAAGUAAUCAAAGUAAUGGACAGUUUGUGGCUCAAAGCUGGUCUGGAUCUCCGAAUGGUGACCUUCCAAGCUCUCCCUACGAGUGACAAAAGAGGAAUGAUUGAAAUUGUCUCCGAAGCGGAAACUCUUCGCGCUAUUCAGACAGAGUGGGGAUUGACAGGAUCAUUCAAGGACAAACCCAUAGCAGAAUGGUUGGCGAAACACAAUCCCUCAGAAUUGGAAUAUCAACGGGCAAGGGAUAAUUUUACAGCAUCAUGCGCCGGGUACAGUGUAGCGACGUAUCUACUGGGUAUCUGUGACCGACACAACGACAACAUCAUGUUGAAGACAUCGGGACAUCUCUUCCACAUAGACUUCGGCAAGUUCCUCGGCGACGCACAGAUGUUUGGUAACUUUAAGAGGGACCGUGCCCCGUUCGUGCUAACCCACGACAUGGUGUACGUGAUAAACGGCGGCGACCGUCCGACGCAACGGUUCCAGCACUUCGUGGAGCUCUGCUGUAUGGCCUUCAACGUCGUACGGGCGCACCAUGAUCAUAUACUCGAUCUGUUCGCACUGAUGGCGAUGUCGGGCGUGUCAGGCGUGACGAGUGCGGCGGUGGGCUACGUCCGCGCGGCGCUGCUGCCGGACGCCACCAACGCGGAGGCAGCCGCCGCCUUCGCCAGGCUCAUACACUCCUCGCUUAAGAGCAAAUUCACCCCAAUCAACUUCUUCCUCCACAACUUGGCGCAGCUGCGCGCGAGUGGCGACCAAAGCAACAACACUAGCGAACUGCUAUCGUUCAUGCCACGCACGUACACCAUGGCACAGGAAGGUCGGUUAAUAAGCGUGGAGUGUCUCGGCUAUGAGAAGCGGUACGACCCGGAAAAGCACUAUGUGUACGCACUGCGUAUCUUCAGACAGGGACAGACGACGCCGUUCGUACUGUACAGGUCCUACAAACAUUUCACCGAGCUAUACCAGAAGAUUUGUCUACACUUCCCUCUGGCUAAAGUACACAGUUUACCGUCAGGCCUGUAUGUUGGUCGUUCAAACACCCGCCAAGUGGCAGAGCGUCGGUUCGGUGACGUGCAAGCGUUCCUGACGUCAUUGUUCAGUUUAGCGGACGAGAUCGCUCACUCGGAUCUUGUGUACACAUUCUUCCAUCCACUGCUGAGAGAUCAGCAGGAUGUGGAGCCGCAGAGGAGGAGAGGUGAAACAGCGGAGCCAGAGAACAGUGGCUCUGGUUCACUGAAGCUAUCGGUGCAGUAUGCGAGUGGAAUGCUCUCCGUGUUGAUAUUGCACGCGCAGUCGCUCGCACUCACUCCACAGGGCCUGCCGCCUAACCCGUAUGUUAAGGUCUACCUCGUACCUGAUCCAACGAAAGAAACGAAGAGAAAGACGCGCGUCCUCAAACGUAACUCCCAUCCAUCGUUCAUGGAGAUGUUAGAAUACAGGUUACCGAUGGAAGUGGUUGUCCAACGCAGCCUGCAAGCCACAGUGUGGAACUAUGACUCGCUACAGGAGAACCAGUUUUUGGGCGGCGUUGUCAUUCCGCUGAACACGUUGCCGCUCCGUCAAGAGACUGUAGCUUGGUAUCCUUUAGAGUAUAUACCUCGGUAGCUAGUGCUUUCUCGCUCCGCGCUUUGGAGCACUGAGCUUCCUAUGUCAUAGGUCCAUUGUGCCCAUUCAGAAAACCAAUGGAGAAUGUUAAUGGUAACUAUGAAGUCCGUAAUGUUAAGAAUCGAUCUGUUUACUUAGUUUCAUCGUACAAGCAAAACUGAUCGAAUUACACGCGUCCAAAGUUUUGAUGGCUUGCUGCUAAAUUAACGUUGUACUGUGACGUCACAGUAUAACGUUAAUUAUUAGAUAUUGUAAUUUUUGUAUAUAAUAAUCAUUGUUAAUUAUGUUUCAAAGCAUACUUUCCGAAAUUACGUUACAGUAACAUUCUCCAUUGGACCACAGUGAAUGCAGCUACACGAACAGUCAACUUAAAGCUAACUUCACGUCAUUAGCCUGUAUUAAGCGUGACCGAAUGUUAUCAAAUCGUGAGCUCGUAUAUAAGCUUUAUGCUCAUAGAUAUAAGGUGUAAAAUCAAUUGACGGGCUCGUGAUUUGCGCGGAAAACACGCUGUGUCUUGAUCAAGUGAUGUUCCUUCUUAAUGUAAGUUUCGUAUCAAAUGUAUGAAGACAUUGUUUCUGCAAUAUUAUCAUUUAUGUCUAUUUGAUACGUACAGGUUAGGUUUUAACUUGAAGUCAAUAACAUUUCGGGCGUGUUUCACAAUUUUUAGAUAGAUGCUAUGUACCAGAUAAAGAAUUAAGAACGCCAUUUUUAUAUGAACUAUCUGUCACAUAAGUUUAUCUGGUACUUAUAUGAACGUGAACAAAAGGGUUUAGUACGAGUUUGUUUUACGUUUAACGAGAUCCGAACGAGAGCGCGUUCGGCGCUCUGAUUGGUUGGUUAAUUCGUGCCGGCCAAUCAGAGCGCCGAACGCGCUCUCAUUUCGUUUUCGUUCAACGUAAAACAAACUCGUACUAAGGGUACAGGAGGUUACUCUACUAACGUUUUUAAACGACACUGCCUUGUCAAAAUCAAGAAUGAAAUAAAAGAGUAAGUAUACUAUAACCUGUAUUAUCUUACUACUUUUAUAACUAAAUAAAACUUACUAAACACCAAGCUUUGCCAAAUAUGUAAUUAUGUAUAUUUUUCGCAUAAUUUGUCCCAAAAACCACACUCUAGCUUACAGUAUUGCAUUUUUAUCAAACUUCAAUAUUAUUCCACAGUAUUUUGUGUCAGUCAGAAAGGGAUUAUAUAGUGGGUCUUUUGUAAAUAAAAAUGUACUUUAUGAAUAUACACGUUAGUGCCAAAAUGCCUUGUGAUCGCAGCUUCGUAAGAGUAGGGUUUGGAUCUAGGAAUGUUCUAGAAAUCUUGUUAUUUUGUUAGAGAGAGAGGCAAAUGCAUUUAUAUAGUGGUGUCUCUUUUUUACAGAAUAAUGAGAAGACUUUAGUAGAAUUGUGGAAGGGUUAGCGUUUUAAUUGCUUUUUGUAUUGGAGAAAGAUUAUUAGAAGAACUAUUAUUAUCGCAAUAUAAAGGCCUUCAUAGCAGUUCUUUAUCGAGUAUUUAUUUUUAAUUUGCAUGACUACAUUCGAAGUUUUCCGAAGCGAAAUAGACCUUAUGUUCAACGACAUAAGGUCCACUUUUAAUGGUAAAGUCUACUAAAAGGCCUUAAAAUUUUUCGAUAAUUUAAAAUAUAUACAGACAAUAACUAGUCUGUCCAAAUAUUUAGCACAUAUCAAUAUAACGAGUAUUAUAACCGCGUAUCAUAAUAUUACUUAGAUAUAUCACUGUGUUAGACAAAAGUGAGCCUUAUCUUUGAAUAGUACAGCUCAAUUUAAGUAUUUUAUCUUUAACCACCUUUGAGGAACUGAUUCCCACGUAAAUGUAUUAUAGAAAUGUAUAGAUUUCAUAUUCUUUAACUAAAUUUCUUCUUGGGACCAGUACCCAAUAUACAUACUUAUACUUAGCUCAAAGUUGAUGUGAAAUGUUUGUAAACGAACCAACAAAGGUACCUAAGACUACAUUUGGUUUCAACCAAUAGCAAUUACCUGUGUUUCUAUCCUUUUGCCGUCAGUAAAUAGAUCGAUAAAGAGAGCGGGAGUGUAACUACAUGUGGCAAAAUUUACGAAACGUAGUUCUACCCUUAUUCUUACCCAGAGCUGAACACUACCUAGCGGGUACCGGAUCGAAGGGCAGGAGUAGGGACGAGGUGAUUUUUAGUCAGUAAGUUUGACACUCUUAGCUAUAGCUGCGCAUUACCUAGUGGGUACCGGCUCGAAGGGCAGGAGUAGGAACGGUAUGGUUUUAGUCAGCAGGACUCUGAUACCCCCUCUAUUUUCCCCCUCUCCCCCCUCAAAACUCCUUUAAUCUUGCACAAAAAUAACCUUACAAACUACUACAUAUUUACUCAUCUAUGACCGUACAAACAUUUCACAUCGAUCUUGGCCUUAAUAUUCCUCUUUAUAUAUCCAUUUUGAUACAUAAUAAAAUUUUUACUACAUUUUAUAUAUAAUAUCGUAUAACAAUUAGUAGUUUUAUAUAAGGUACCUGUUUAAAAUAUCACAUUGGCAUCUAUUGUUAUAGUCACAUUCCAAUAAACAUAUUUUUAGAUUACUUUUAACGCUUUUAUGAUGUAUAAAUUGUGUUUGGUGCUUGUGUGUUGUCUAAAAUUAAUUAUUUAAUGGUCGGUUUAUAUCUGACGGGAAAUGCGCUGAAGUUUAUUACCUAGAAUAUAUGUAUUCCACGUUUUAAUGCAGUCGGUUUAAUGGAGAACAUUGAAUAUUGUAUCUUUCUAUUCAUGUCUAU